AUGGUCUAUCGACUACGGUAUAACUCAUUAGAAACGGAGGGUAGAGGCCUGCAACCCGAUCCGACCCUAGGAUCGGGUCGGGCUCGGGUUAAGAUGUUGUCGGGUCGGGUUCGGCAAUUCCAUCGUACGUGGAAUGAAGCAGAGAUUUUACAAGAUAUGAAAGAGCAUUAUCCAUCAUUAGUCCAAUUAACGGGAAUGUACACAAAAAACGACACAACUCUAAAUGGCGUACGUGCGGAUUUCAUGUCAAUUAAAGAUGUCGAAUCACUACUAGUCGACGGUAAAAUUUAUAUUAAUCAAACGACCCAUGUAGUGCGACCGUAUUAUAAACCAUUACGCAUUAAUAAAUGUAUGAAAUGUUUUCAUCAUGAUCACAAAACAAAAGAAUGUCCAAAUCAACAAGUAUGCGCGCGAUGUGGCGAACAACAUGGUAUGUCCAAUGGCUGCGAACGACAAGAAAAAUGUGUAAAUUGUAGCGAUCAACAUUCAGCCGGUCACCCAUCAUGCCCAAUUGUCCAGAGAAUCCGUUAA